CUCCCCUUAUAAAUACUGAUUUCUCCCUCCCUCCCACUCCCCAAACCCUGUAUCUUCCAUUGUUUCUCCUCACAGCAUAUGUCUCAGAGACCCGCCGUUCCUCAUUCCUCUUCAAUAGCCUUCGGUCUCCAUUCCCAUCUCCUGGUCUCCAGUGAGAUGAACCCUAAUUCCAACUGGUCUUAUUAUCUCUCCUCUCAUUAGCCCUUUUCGGUUUCCUCCUUACCCAUUUUCUUCUCCCUUCUUUUUCAUCCUUUCUUUUCUUUUUUUUUUUUUUUUUAUAUUCUUUUCAAGAACCCCUGCAAGUCCAGUGCUUUUAGAAAAUCCCUUUCUUUUCUUCCAUACCCAAUCCGUCUCUCCUAUCAAGAUCUGAUCUUUCGGCUAACAGAAAUCGAGAUGGGUCUUAAAGGUUUCGUCGAAGGAGGCAUUGCCUCGAUCGUUGCCGGCUGUUCCACCCACCCACUUGACCUCAUCAAGGUCCGGAUGCAGCUCCAGGGUGAAACCCACGUCCCAAAUCCAGCCAUUCAGACUCUCCGCCCCGCUUUCGCUUUCAACAACCCCUCCGCGGCUGCUGCUGCUGCCCAAACUGCCAUCCACGCGCCACCACCACCACCUCCAGCACCGCGCAUCGGUCCCAUUUCUGUUGGGAUCAAGAUCGUCCGAACUGAAGGCGUAGCGGCUCUCUUCUCCGGUGUGUCAGCAACCGUCCUGCGCCAAACUCUCUACUCUACCACCCGCAUGGGCCUUUACGAUAUCAUGAAACAAAAAUGGUCUGACCCCAGUUCGGGCAACAUGCCUCUCGUUCGCAAGAUAGCAGCUGGCCUGAUCGCCGGCGGAAUCGGUGCCGCCGUCGGAAACCCAGCCGACGUUGCCAUGGUUCGCAUGCAAGCCGACGGCCGUCUUCCCCCAGCCCAACGACGCAACUACAAGAGCGUGGUCGACGCCAUCACAAGGAUGGCGAAACAGGAAGGAAUCACUAGCCUGUGGCGUGGCUCUUCUCUGACGGUGAACCGCGCGAUGAUCGUGACAGCGUCACAACUUGCAUCCUAUGAUCAGAUCAAGGAGACGAUCCUGGAUCACGGUCUGAUGAAGGAUGGACUUGGGACACACGUGACCGCGAGUUUCGCGGCGGGUUUCGUGGCUUCGGUGGCGUCGAAUCCGGUGGAUGUUAUCAAGACCAGGGUGAUGAACAUGAAGGUGGAGCCCGGCGCAGCGCCACCUUACUCCGGCGCACUGGAUUGUGCGAUGAAGACUGUGCGCGCGGAGGGGCCGAUGGCUCUGUACAAGGGGUUUAUCCCCACGAUUUCGAGGCAGGGACCAUUCACCAUAGUGCUGUUCGUGACCCUCGAACAGGUCCGAAAGGUUCUGAAAGAUUUCUAAUUCGGAGGGGGAAUGGACGACGGAUGAUGAACCGAUUGAUGAUGACGAAGAACCCACCAAAAUAAUAAUGAAUAUUUUUAAGUAUUAUUGAAUAUUGAUUUUUUUUUGCUUCUAGUGUUGGAUUCCCUGAUUCCUGAAGAACGGGGAAAACGAGGCAUUGAACAGCUAGAAAUUAGAAUAUAGUAUUGAUAAUGGAAUUUUAUGAAUUAUUUCCAUUUUCAGAGGAACUAAAUGAAAUUAACAGUAUGUUUUAAGAAUUUUUGAUGUA